AAAUGGGGUGAAUGUCAAAAAUUAUCAGACAAAACUGGAAGAAUUUUCAUAUAUAUCAACAAGUUAUUAAAUGGAAAAGACUAUACUUCUAAAAUUAUGACAAAAGGUCUAACUGAAAAUAUUAUUAAUCAUUUAGCAGUUAUGCAUCAAAUAUUUAAAAAUAUGCUUUUACCUACAAGAUCAACUAAUCAAGAUGAAUCUUUUAUGACAAUGACCAAAGAACGGCAAAAAUAUCUUGAACAACUUCUCUAUGAGUGGUUUAUUCUAGAGACUCUGUCUUUAUAUAUACUUGAAUCGCCUUCAUUCCAAUAUUUCAUUAAUAAAUCCAUUUUGGCAUUCAAUAUUCCUAAUUGUAAAAAAUUUAAAAGAAAAAUUUUUGAGUCUAAAAAUUAUGUUAGUUUAAAAAUUUCAGAAUUAUUAGAGCAUGAAGCAAGUUGGUUUAAAGAAGUUACCUUGAUGAUUAAAAAUCUUCCACAUCCUUAUAUCGGCGAUCAUAUUCAAGAAGCCCUAGAAAUAGUUAUAACUAAAUGGAAGUUAAACAAUAAAGUAUUUUGCUACACUACCAAUAAUAGCACAAAUAUGAAAAAAGCACUUAAUCAAAUUUCUUGGCUUAAAAGGGUCUUGUGUACAGUGCACACUAUUCAAUUAGUAGUUGAAAAAGGAAUGCUACCAGCCAAAGUUCUAAUUGCAAGAGCAUGA